CGAUAGCGUAAAACAAGACUCAAUGGAAGUGCGGACAGAUUCUCGUGGAAUCACGAGGCGACAACAAGUUCGCCAUCACGCUUGAUAUCCACGCAUCGCAUCGCAUGCAUGCAGCUCCAUCCUACCUCCACCGGAGUCUAUAUCUACAUCUACGACCUCCCUUUCUCUCCGGCUUCAAAUUCCUCCCUUCCCCGCUAAGCAAUUCUCCUCUCUCCCUAGUCAGUCGCCUCUCGCCGUCUCAAACCGCCCAGUCUGCGAUCCAUACACACGGGUGACAGCAUUGGUGCGUGCGGGUAGAGAACCAAAAGCGAGCGGGCCGGGACCGGGAGAAAUUGAUACACCGGAGAUAAAGCCGAGGCAGAGCCCAAGUUUGAUUCGGUGCUGAGGGUCGGAAGCGGAGCACGCACCCCGCCCAACCACGACGACGAGCGGAAAGCCGCGAUCGCGGCGGCAAAACGAACAGCUUAAAAGAGGCGGCGCGUCACGUGGGGCGCCUCCCUCUCGUUCCAUUCCCUUUUUUUUUUUCUCUUCUUGAUUCAUCGAUGGCAGCGCAGCAGCAGGCCGCCGCCUCCGUGCUUCAGAGCUUCCCGAUCAGGGCGGCCGUGCUCGCGCUCUGCGUCGCGCUGCUGCCGCUGCUGCUCCCCGCGCAGGCGCCUGACGUCGCGGCCGGGGGAGCCGGCCAGGCUUUCCUCGCCAAGGCGUGGGAGCUGCUGCACCUGCUGUUCGUUGGCAUCGCCGUCUCGUACGGCCUCUUCAGCCGCAGGAACAGCGCCGACGAUGGGCGCGCCGGGGCUGCAGCAGCAGAGAAGGACGAUGCCGCGGGGCCCGAACCUGCCAAGGCGGACGCGAGGUACGCGUGGCGGAUGUUCAGGGACUCGAUCGCGCCGUUCGAUGACGACGACGCCGACGUGCUGGUGCCGGACAGCCCUCCCGGUGGCGGCGGAGGCGGCAUGGCGCGCUCGUGGAGCGCGCUGCACCGGCCCGUGGAGCCCGUCGUCGUCGUGUCCACUGGAGGCGGCGGGGUCCGGAUCGGGCAGGCCCAGGCCCCGGACGCACAGGCGCCGCUGUCGCUACCCGUCCGGAUGCUGAAGCCGCAGCAGGCACAGGACGCCAGCGCGGCGGGGGCUGGGGCUGGGGCUGUCGACUUCGAGCCGCAGUGUGCGCGGCCGCGCCGGAGUUCUCAGAGCUCGGCGGUCGACUGCGCCCACGACGACGAGACCGUGCUCCCUUCGCCGAUACCGUGGCGGUCGCGGUCCGGGAGGCUCGACGCGCGCCGACCCGCGUCGUCGCCGAGCCCCUCGCCGUCCCCCAAGAGGGUGUCCCCGGCGUCGUCCUUGUCCAGGGAGACGCUGGCCAAGGCAAGCGAGGAGGAGUACUACGCCAAGGCCAAGAGGAGGAGCCCGUACAGGUGCUCUUCCAUCUCCUCCUCGCCGCCGGCGCCGCCCCCGCCUCCGCCUCCGUUCCUCGUCCACGGUUACCACCCGACGACCGAGCGCCGGUCGGCAGCGCCGAAAAGCUUUAAGGAGGAGCUGCAGCACCACAGCAUGAGAGGCCGAGGAGAAGACCACUACUUGCCGAAGACGAGCAGCAACUCUUUCUCCUUGCCAGCGAAUCCAAGAAGCUCUUUCUCUUCUAACGGUGGCUCGUCCUCGUCGGUUUCGGUUGGCAAGUCGGUGAGAACGUUCAGGACAAGGGAGCCAGCAGUUUUCCAAGACCAAAGCCAAGAACUGCCCGACGACUCCGGUGAUGAUCGUGACGCGCUGGACGUGCACGGAUCAGAGGAGCCGUACGGCUACAGAGCUUAUCAGUCCAUUUCCAGGUUCCAGUACGAGAGGUCAGGGAGCGACUCUAUCCUGGGCGGUGUGGCAGUCUCGUCGGAUGAGAGCGAGAGCAGCGACGACGACGGCGGGGAUGACGUCGGCGGUGGCGGGUACUCGACGAGGGAGUCGACGCCGGAGGUGGACGAGAACGAGGUGGACAAGAAGGCGGAGGAGUUCAUCGCCCGGUUCAGGGAGCAGAUCAGGCGGCAGAGGAUCGAGUCCAUAAAGAAGUCCGCGGGGACGCGCGGCGUCAAGCGCCACGGCAAGUAGCUCGCCGGCCGUUUGUUAUGUUCUAGUACUAGUUUUUUAGCAAGUAGUUGGUGCCCAAAAGACAGUUGCUGCAUUUGAUACUAGUUGCCAAGAACCACUUGUAAACACUCAUAUAGGGUUUGUUCGGUUAUUCCCAAUACACAUGGAUUGGAUAGAAUUGUAAAAAUUAGGAAAAAGUUUGACUUGUUGAGGAUUCAAACUCAUCCAAUCCCACUCAAUCCACAUGGAUUGAGAGCUAACCGAACAAGCCUGUAGGUGAUGAAUGAGAGUGUAUUUUCAUGCAUACUGUAAUUGCAUUUUUUUUUGCUA